CCCAGCUCUAGUCGCCGUCGUCGACCAAAUCGCACCAGUCGCCGCCGGUGUUGCCGCCCGCCCAGCACUACUCAUCGCCGGCGUAGUAGUCCACCAAGCACCACUCACCGCCAGCGUCGUCGCGGCUGUGGAGCAUGUCUGCAUCGAGCUCUUCCCAUGGCUGUGGCCGCCCAUUCAUCCCCCUCAUCGACUGCCCCGGGGCGUGUGGUUCCUUCGUGAUGAAGCAUGUUUCCAGCACCGAGGAUCAUCCUGGAUGGGUGUACUACCGCUGCCCCAGCCAUGGUAAUGGAUGCAAUUUCUGGCAUUGGGAGAGGGAGUAUGUUGCUAUCCUGGUAAAUAAGAAGUUUCUCACUGGAGCUAAUGUUGUUGAUGCAAUUGGGUGGUCUGAAGACAGGAGAGAAGAGCUGGAGCGACACAAUGAACAAAGAAGAUCUAAAGAUGAAAUUUAUUAGGGGUCCAUGCUCUGAGGAGAGGAUGAAUGCAUCAUUGUUAUAGGUUCGCAGGCAGAUUGUUCUUCUAUUGAAGAUAGUUGUGGCAGUAGGUGUGCUCUUGUGCAUGAUGUGUCUGAUGCUAGUGAUGAAGUUAUGGUAGAUCUUAUAACUGUGAGGAAGUUGUGUUCUUCUCUUUUGGUUAUGUAAUCAAGUUGUGCAAGUUAUGGAAUUCUCUUUUGGUUAUGGUAGAUAUUGUAACUGUGAGGACGCUGUGUU